GUCCACACUUUCCAUCUUCCUCUGCACAUCUCCACUUCCCUUUGCUCUGCUCUGCUCUGCUCUUACCGUUCCAUCCCCCUCCCCUAUAAAGUCCUCCCUUCGUUCCACCCUUUUCGCCUCUCUUCAUCUUCCCACCCACCCCACCACUUUCCCUUCUUGCAUCUCUCAGUGUCACUCACUCAUUGUACUACUGAGUAGAUUAAGAAUGUCGAGCGGAAGGAACAGGAUCUCGGAAGAGGAGAUCGAUGAGCUUAUCUCCAAGCUUCGAUCCCUCCUCCCGGAGACCCGUCGGCGCGGCGCCAGCCAGGUGUCCGCGGCGAAGUUACUGAAGGAAACGUGCAACUAUAUCAGGAGCCUGAACAGGGAGGUGGACGACCUCAGUGACCGGCUCUCUGCCAUCAUGGCGACCAUGGACACCAACAGCGCCGAGGCCGAGAUCAUCCGGAGCCUGCUCCGUUCCUGAUUGACGAUAGCUCAGUUAAUAUAAUCACAUCUAUAUAGAUAUGGAAGUCCACAUCUACAUGACCACGUAGAUGUAUAUAGAUAGUGUACGUACGUAAACUCUGUUCGGAGAGUGCGAGUUAGGAAGUAGCAAGCAUCAGUAUUUCCAUUUUCUUGUUCUUUUUCUUCCACUUUGUGAAUGCCUGGCUCGAGUUGUUAUCUCUGCAGACAACCGACCGACAUCUGCAUUAAAAAAAUAGUAAUGCAUGUAAUCAGUCAAGGUUCUACAUGAAUCUAUGGUAUUGCCCAUCUAA